AGCAUAGGUGGGAUCAAAAUUCAGCUGCUUGGCAUCUGGUUCAUACUUAUGACCAUUGCUGUGUCCCAAGAUCAUGGGAUCCUUCCUAACAGGGAAAGUCAAGGUGGGGGAGCGAGAUUCGCCUAACAACCAAAUUAUUGAUUUUGCACACUUUUUUUCUCCUAAAAGAGGCGCUAAAUGUAUUGAACACUAUAAAAAUGAAGGGAAAUCUAGACAAAUGAAUUGGCUAAUUAAAGUCCUGUUAAUAGAAAGACACCGUAUACAGCCACAUUAAGACCAAAUUGACAGAUAAUUAACUUUAAUGUUAACACAUCUGCCUAAAUAAAAACAUAUUUGCCUACUAUGGGAAGAGGAGGAAGGAGAACAUCAAAUUGUAUUUCUUUGGUAGGGAAGUUCAAAAUGUGAACCAUCCAUUCAGAAGGAAUUAUUUUCUAUUCUCCUUUAAACUGCUUCUGAUAGCAUUAGGACCAAGAGAAUUCCAGUUGUAAAAUUUGGGAAAGAUUGUACGGAGAAUGUGAUAUUUCAAGUAUCCAUUUCUUAUCAAUCAUCAGCAGAAUUUUGAGUUUUAGAAAGGAGCAUAGUGACACUCAAAAAAGCAACUACUGGGUUCCAUUCAAUAAUUUGGCCAAAACAUCCCUGAUCAGUUGAUGCUUCUAAUAUGUUCAAAUUAGAUUGUGUUACAGUAGUUCAUACAGGAUGCAACUUAGCAUUUGGGAAACGACUUCAAAUCCCAACUCAUCUGCAAAGCACAUGGUAGACUUUCUGUUUCUCAGCCUGAACCUCCUCAGGGGGUUCUGAGAAUGAAAGGGUCGGAUGGGAAAAAAAAUAAUAUACUAUGUCUAAAUAUUUUAGAAGAAAAUGAGGAUAAUUAUGUAUAAAGAAUGGUAAACAGACAGGAUUAAAGGAAUGAGUAAUAUAACCAUUUAAUUUAGAGAUGUAAAUAGCAGCUUGUUUUAGCAGUCAGAAUUGUAUCUUUUAGCUUAAAAUGGGAUUUCUCAAUUUAGAACUUUCCAGAAGUGUUAGUUUAACAAUUUACAUAAUCUUUAGACAGGAUAUGUCCAACUCAGAAAAUAUAAUAGGCAUGCAAUUUAAUACAUCUAUAUGCCAAUAUAUUGGAAAAUGGCUUUACAUCAAUUUUGUUAACUUGGGUCUUUCCUUUGUCUGACAAAUCUCUCAAUUUUCUAAGUAUAAUAAACAUGCCGAAAAAGAAGGGAGCCAAACGGGCUGUAGUCACUGAAGAAGAACGGUUGCUUACGAUGCAACAAAAGCUGCUGGCUGAGGAGGAAAUGAGUAAGAAGAAGGAGGACAUGUUGAUCCAAUUUCUAAAGGACAAGUUGGCCAAGGAGGAACACAACAGCACAGUGAAUCUGCAUAAGAUCAACUUGCAAUGGCGUACUGUUCUCCGCGAAGUCAAGGCCAGGGAACUACGUAAAGAUAUUGAGAUUCUCAGUCAGACAUUUGAACGUGUUGUGGAUUGCAAAGACAAUGUCAUUAAGUCCCUUGCUAAAGACCUAGCUGAAGCAGAAGCUCAGUACACCCACGCCCUGCGUAGCCACUUACACAACAUAGAUCAACUGUUGAAACUCCAGAACUGCCGCCUGGGCUACUUAGAAGAGGAUUACCAGACAGAGCUGCGAGCAUUGCAGAAGGAAUUUGACACAGAGAGGAAGUUAAUCUUAGAACAUCAUGAGGAGGAGAGUCUCUAUCUCCAGGAUGUAUUGUUAGCGAUGGAGCAGAACUUUGCUGAAAAUGAAUAUGAAGCCAGACUUGACUUCCAAAGUACACGAGAUGAUGUCAAAAAUAAGAAUUUGGAGGACAAACAUUACCUUCGCAUGCAGUUGGAAGGGAAAGUAGAAGAGCUGUGGAAGCGCUUUCAACAGGCUUUACGUAACUACACAGAAGCAACAGAGGAUCGUAAAUUUGCUUUUGAAGGUCUCAAGCUGAGGGAUGAAAGGAGCACCAGGGAGAUAGAAAUGCAGAUGAAGAAAUUGCAGAAGAUUCAGGAUCUCAUUAUCAGUCUGAAGAACAAGAUUGCAAUCCACGCAAGGGAGAGCGAGGAACAAAAUCGGCGUGUCCGUGAUGAGAAGGAAGUGGUUUUGAAACAGCUGCAGAAGCUCAAGAGCCAGAUGAACCGGGCAAGAGCUAAAGCCCGUAACAAUCUGGCUAAGCUGACGAAGGAAAGCAAUGCAACUCUCAAGGCCUUGGAACACGUGGUGGGAAAGGCAGAGAUAAUUCUGCGCCUGGCUGAAAUGUGCCGUAGGCUGGAGUCGGAGGAGGAGAAGGUGCUACCAUUUUACCAGAACUCCCUAAACUGGGAAGAACAGAAAGCAGUUGAUAAGUUGGCUUUGGAAAAACCAGUCGAACCACUUGCUCAGAUGAUGCUGGACUACGUGGGUCUGGAGCGCUUUUGGCAAAGAUACAACAAGGUGAGGUUGGAGCAGCUCUCACUAGAGCGGACUAAAGCUGUACUGAUGCAAGACAAUUUUAAGUUGAGGCAUCUCCUCAAGCAAUACUUGGAUGGCAUCUCAGUGAAUGAUGAAGUCCUGAGCCAGGUCAAUCCUCUGAUGAUAAUUAAUCAACCUACAACUGCCUCAGAUGGGUCUCAAGCAGCACCUGUCAGAGGGUCCCAAGCCAAGCGGCCCAUCUAUAAUAUUAUAGAGGCAGCCCACGAAGUUUCACAUAUCCUCUGAAUUGGCAUUUGGUGAAUUAAAGUGAUGCUUUUCUAUUGUGUUAACACAGAUGUUGGGCACAAAGAGUAGCCAGUCCAUUCUAGUUGCAGUCUAUGCUGGGACCUUUUUAGAAAAUUUCCCCCAAACUGCCAUUAAACGGUAACUGAUGUGUCUUGCGGCUUUUUCUUCCAUGGUCAAGCCAAUCCAGAGACCUGUACAAUGGAAGCUGAAGAUAUACCCCAUGCCUAUGUGUAAACUUUGAAACACAUCUAUCUUUGUGCCUUUGCAGACUGGACAUUUAAUAAAGCUUUUUUUUCUUUACCAUA